UCAAAGCUUCCACACGUCCUUUGUUUUGACGGUGAAUGUUUUAUUUAUUUUUCCUAGUGACCUUAUUGCACGGAGUCUAUUUUCAAUGCAUUUUUACCAUUAGAAUUUAGUGAUUUGAAAAAAUAUAUAACGGUGAACACGAACUAUGGAGUGUAAUUUGAUUGCACAUAGCCGGAUUCCAAGGUACGUUUGGUUUUUUCUUCUUCUCUUCGGAUCCCUUAAAACCGUAAAUACAGUAACUCACUACUCUAUUCCUGAGGAGAUGGAGGAAGGAUCCGUGGUUGCAAAUCUGGCAGCUGAUCUCGGGCUGGAUGUUAAAACGUUAAAUACACGAAAGAUGCGUUUGGAUACGAUUGCUUCCAAAAAAUAUCUUGAUAUUAACAAAGAAUCCGGGGAGCUCUAUGUUGUACAAAAAAUAGACAGAGAACUUCUCUGCAUUUCCAAAUUAACCUGCUUUCUGAAGCUAGAUGCAACGAUAGAAAACCCAAUACGAAUGUUUAACAUCGAAAUAGAGAUAACUGAUAUCAAUGACAAUGCGCCACAUUUUAGAAGAGACACAAUGCACUUGGAUUUAUCUGAAUCUACUCCAGCCGGAGAGAGAUUUUCUUUGAACAACGCUUUUGAUCCAGAUAUCGGAAGCAAUUCAAUACAUUCGUAUUACUUGAGUGACAAUUCUCACUUUAGUCUCGAAAUACAAACUGGCAGGGAUGGAUCUAAAUUUGCUGAUUUAAUUCUUAUAAAAGCAUUGGAUCGCGAGGAGCAGACGGUUUAUAAUCUGAUACUCACUGCUGUGGAUGGAGGGGUCCCUGCGCGCUCUGGCACAGCUAGCAUUAUUUUGCGCGUGCUGGACACGAAUGACAACGCCCCUCAAUUCGAUAAAGACAGUUACACUAUACAUCUAGCAGAAAACGCGCCUAUUGGAAGUCUUGUGGUAAAAGUAAAUGCAACAGAUACGGACGAGGGUUCAAAUUCCGAUAUUAUUUACUCAUACAGUCUCUAUACUUCAGAGAAAUCACAGCAGAGUUUCAGUCUAAAUCUUGACAAUGGAGAAAUCAGAGUGAAAGAAAUUAUAAAUUAUGAGGAUUUCAGGAUUUAUGACAUAGAAAUCAUAGCAACAGAUAAAGCAGUCAAUAGUCUUUCUGGAAAGUGUAAAGUAAAGAUUUUAGUCACUGAUAUGAAUGACAAUCAUCCAGAAAUUUCUAUAAAGUCAUUGUCUAGUCCAGUGAAAGAGGAUAUACCUGUAAAUACAGUUAUUGCAGUUGUUAGUGUGAGUGAUAAAGAUUCGGGAGAAAAUGGACAGGUAGAGAUUACUAUAUCUGAUCAUUUACCUUUUGCGCUUAAAGAAUCAUCUGAUAGUUAUUAUGAGUUAAUAGUUUCAGAGCCGUUAGACCGGGAAAAAAUGCCAGAAUAUGACAUCACUAUUACUGUGACUGACAGGGGCAACCCACCGUUAUCUGAUAAUGAAACUAUAACUUUAGAGCUCCUGGAUGUGAACGACAAUGUUCCUCAGUUUCCUCAGACGUUCUACACCAUACCUGUUAUGGAGAAUAACGCACCUGGAGCUUUACUGAGCUCUUUAACUGCUAUAGACCCAGAUCUCCAUGAAAACCAGUAUCUAGUAUAUUUUAUAAUAGAGAAGGAAAUAGUAAACACCUCGAUGUCCAUGCUCUUCUCCAUUAAUCCAGAGAACGGUAAUCUUUACGCGUUAAAGACGUUUGAUUAUGAGAUAGAGAAGGAGUUUCUUUUUCACAUCGAGGCCCGAGACUCUGGCGUCCCUCCACUCAGCAGUAACGUGACUGUUCACAUUAUUAUCAUGGAUCAGAACGACAACACUCCUGUUAUAGUGUCUCCAUGGCGCGCGCACGGCUCUGUGGUUGAGGAAAAGAUCCCGAGAUCCACCGAUAAAGGAACUCUGAUAGCCAAAGUCAUUGCGAUAGACUCUGAUUCAGUGCACAACUCACGGAUUACGUACCAGUUUCUCCAGAACACGGACGCAACAUUAUUCAGUUUGGAUCAGUACAACGGAGAGAUUCGGACCAUGAGAAUGUUCAGUUACAGAGACUCGCGUCACCAGCGGCUGGUGGUGAUCGCCAAAGACAACGGAGAGCCCGCGCUCUCUGCUACAGUCACCAUCAAACUCUCCACGGUGGAGACCGCUCUUAAAACCUACGCUGACAUGACUGAGGUGCCUUUGGAAUAUGACAUCUUCUCAGAUUUAAACCUUUAUCUGGUGAUCGGACUGGGCUCCGUAUCAUUUCUGUUACUCAUCACUAUAUUGGUCACCAUCGUUCUCAAGUGUCAGAAACCAAAUCCAAGCAAAGCGGCUCCUCCCAGCAGGAACAGUGUCAUCAGUGAGAGGAACUCUACUAUCGCGGAUUCCACUCUGGUGUCCAACGAUGCAUACUGGUACAGUUUAUUUCUAGCGGAGACGAGGAAAGGAAAGUUAGUGGUGAGACAGCCUGUGCCAAAGGGCUCGAGAUACAUCGUCUCCAGUAUACCGAGGAGCACUGGACUGACUGAGACCAGCGACUCUGCUGCAUCGACUCUACAGUGCCGCCAUGAUAGAGUUUCAUGGGGAGAUAUUGCACAAAGACGCGCGCACCAGAAGCUUGUCGGGUCCCUGUUUGUUACUUUGUGUGUUUAAGGAUUACGGGUCGGG